AGAUGAAAUAUCGCGGAGGCAAAUCUAAGAAAGGUGGAGACUUCGGGAUAACUUCCUGCACAGUACUCUUAAGAAACAUACCUCAUAUUUAAACAACAGGCCGACGUUUAAAAGCAAGUCGAAUGGAUUAAUAGCGCCAAUAAACUCGCUAACAAGCACUUCACCAACACGAUUCCACGCACAAGUAGGAUUUACGGCUAGCAUCCAGGCUGCUAGCUAACAUCAGCUACCAGGACGGCAGAUUGUACACAUCAGAUCAAGACGGUCUCGUAUCGAAGGACAGUAUGGUUGAGGUGGUGGUGGAGUAUGAGUAUGAAGCCCUCCACGAAGAUGAGUUGACCCUCAGGCUUGGAGACAUCAUCAAAAACGUACGACGCAUCGAAGAGGAGGGAUGGAUGGAAGGAGACCUCAACGGCAAACGAGGCCUUUUCCCAGACAACUUUGUAAAGGAGGUGAGAAAAGAUGAGCCGAAGUCCAAAGAGGAGUCAAAGGAGCCUAAAGAAGCGAAGGAGGUGAAAGAGGAGAGUACGAUACAGCGGCGAGCAUCAGGGAAUGUAGCAAGCCUGGUGCAGAGGAUCAGUACAUACGGCAUCCCUGCUGGAGGAAUCGGCUUACAGCCCCAUUCUCAACCGCGUGCCUCAAAAAAGAAGCUCAAGAAGCGUCAGUGCAAAGUCCUAUUCGAGUAUGUGCCUCAGAAUGAAGACGAGCUGGAACUGAAGGUUGGAGAAAUCAUUGAAAUCACAGAGGAGGUUGAGGAGGGCUGGUGGAGCGGAAGUAUGAAUGGGAAGUCUGGACUUUUUCCUUCCAACUUUGUCAAAGAAAUCGAUUCAACUGAAGACGCAGAGAACAGUGACGUUACUGAAGAGCAAGAUACAAGAGAUGGCACGUCUAGCCCCACGUCCCCUCAUCCAGGCAAUGGGGUCAUGGCUCAGCCAAAGAAGAUCAAGGGCAUCGGCUUUGGUGACAUAUUCCGAGAGGGCUCUGUAAAACUCAGAACCUCCCUAAAAGGACCAUCUGAAAAUAUGGAAAAAACAGAAAAACCAAUUCCUCCAUUACCAUCUGCCACAAAACCCACCCCUUUGAGCACUCCGGAACACCCUAAAGGAGAAAAAGAGGCAGAGAGCAAAGCUAAAGUAAAAGAAUACUGCAAGGCCACAUUCCACUAUGAAGCAACAAAUCAAGAUGAGCUGGAUUUGAAGGAAGGUGAAGUCAUCCUUAUACUGAGCAAGGACACAGGAGAGCCAGGCUGGUGGAGAGGAGAGGUCAACGGCAAACAGGGAGUUUUCCCGGAUAACUUUGUAUCUCUGCUUCCUGAGUCAGACAAAGAGACACUUACAUCCAAAGGCUCCAUCAAAGUGUUAUCUAAACAGGAACCAGAGGAGAGACCAAAGAAGCCGCCUCCACCAUCCAAAAGCACAGUCCUGAAACCAGAGACUCCAAGUGUGGACAAGAAGCAACCGCAGCCACGGCCGGAAGAUAAAGUUGUCAAGCCCUUGCCAGAGAAACCCGCCAAACCUGCAGGCCCCAUCGUGCCCCCGAAGAAACCUGUGCCUCCAAGCAAGAGCCUCCUGCGUCCUUCAUACCACACCAAACGGCCUGACUUGCCUCUUACUCCAUCACCAGCCGCCAAGCAAAAUGGAGACGUUCCUCUCUCACGAAGAAAAUCUGAGUGUGAACCUGUUCCCAUCAAGCCAAAAACUGUUGUGGAUAUUGGUGAAAAGAGUACAGAAACUGUUAAUCUCAUGAGUUUUGAUGAUGUUUCCUCUUCCUCUGAGAAAUUAAGCCACCCUACUGCACAGCGACCAAAGAUGCCUGGGAAAAGACCACCUGCUCAUAGAGGCCACUCCCCAAGCAAGGAUGUUGGAGAGAAAGCUGAGAAAACAGAGAAAAUAGAUGAAGUUGAAACCGCUCCUUCUCCUGCGCCUGCUCCUGCCCCUGCUCCUUCCACGCAGAAUUCAAUUAAGAUGCCCAUUUCAUCCCCGUUACCAUCUACAACACCUAAAACAAUUUCAGCCACCCUUAUCACCCCUGAACCCAAACCAAAACCUGACAAGGAACAGGAGAAGACAUCUGAACUGGAGGAGUUAAAGGAUCAGAUAAAGGACCUGGUGCUCUCUGUAGAAUUACUGAAGACACAGCAGUCGAGAGAGCUUGGCGAACUUCGAAAAGAGCUGGAUGAUGAGCGACUCAAACGCGUGGCCCUGCAGAUGGAGAUAGACAAACUGAAGAAGAUAUGUGUACAAUCCACAUGAAAUCAUGGCAUCAGAACUGGACUAACAGCUCUGCUGUUGUGUUAAAAGUGGAAAGCGACCUCUACCAGGAGGGACUGAUAUCAUUCGCAUCAUCUUCUCACUCGCUGACUUACUCCACAAAUUGUAAGAUUCACAUAUUUGCACAUGAGUUUUCUAGGUUUAGAAAGUCUAAUUAUGACAGAUGUAUAUGUUUGUUUUUCCUUUUUUUUUGCCAACAAAAAAUGAUUGAGGCCUUACUUUACUACUGUGCUGGAUAUGCAGUCUGUGCACUAAUUGAGAAGUGCAGCGGAUUAUGCAUUUAAUACUACUGAAUCUGUAUAAACGUUGGGGGAUUAUGUUGUUUCCUUGUGUUUUUUUAUGACAUGGGUUAGUUUUUAAAGAAAACUAUUAUGAUCUCAGCAAUAUUCUGUCUAUAUUAGCCUCUUUAGAUGAUUAUCAAAUGUACGGCAUAUUCUCUUUUUUUUUUUCUAUGGUAAUGAUGUAUUCUGUUGUUGAUGUUUCAAAAGGGAGAACGUUUCUUUUGUUUUUCUCUAACAUUCCUAUCCAGGGUAACACUAUUGUGCCUGUUAAGAUUUUUACAAGUGUUAAUACUGGGAGCUCUCAUACUAUAUAAAUAUAUAUAUAUAAAUAUAUAUGUGUAUACUUAGAUCUACAGCAUGAUAUAUAUUUUUAUGGUCUAUUGAUUGUGACAUCAUAAAAAAAUGUACUGGGUUUGUGUAUUCAUGUUUGGUUAAAAGUAUUCACACCCACCCACACAAAUGAGCUUAGGUAAGCUGUGCCAUUUCACCAUACGAAUGGCAGGAAACCCAUUUUGCAAUUUAUGGCUCUGUUUAAUAGCAGCGUUUGGGUUUGUUCUGCAGUUCUACCUCCAAAUAUCACACUGAAAUUGGAAAGAUCCUUUUUUUCUGGAUAAACCCCUGGCUGGUUGAAUAGGUUAAACUUCAUGAAUGGUGAAUCGCAGAUGAUGAACACAUCUUGGGUUAGAGACUGCUGGCUGGCACAGAAUGUCUGAUAUUUAUCAGUAAAGUAAAGCCAGGUACUCUUUGUUAAACAGAAUUGUAUCCAUCCGCCUUUGGUUUUGCUAUACGAGUAUGUACCGCUGACCAAAAUGAAUCUUUCAUUCGGUUUGUUGUAAUCCUUGAAAAACGCACACUUUCAAGAACACUUAAGUGUGCUCAUUCCUCAAGUUGCUUAAUUCUUAAACUGAAGAAAUGCAUUUUUUAAAGCAUUCCCGAUCAAAGGUUGUUUGUUGUGUGGAACUGAUUGAUUAGGGUGGCAGGUCGAUCGCUAAAGCAAUAAACAGACACAUCUUUCUUGUUUC